UCCGCGCAAUCGGUUCUGCUAACAGGAAUUCUGCAGUCAGUGCCAGUAAGGCGUAGUGCAUGACUCACUGGUUCUGUUUUUUUAGAUCUACGCGCGAGUUUUCGCUUUUAUAUUGUGCGCCGACGUGUGUUUGCACAAAGCAACCCAUACUGGCUGCGAUUAGUGACGGCGUCCGAAGCCGAGCCCACUGUCGCUUUUACCAGGGAUGUCCGUUUUUGAGGACUUGAUUUAUUUCCCAAUCCUCUUGCCUAAGUGAUGUCAUCCACCUCACAUCAAAGCAAGCCUUUUUGGAAUUAGUUGAGACGAAUCGGGAAAAGUGACCCUCUGGUUGCCUGGAGGCCUCGUUAUGGAGCUGAGGCCAUCUUGCGUGGGUGUCAGAAGUAACUCACUUUUCGGGAUGUCUUGUCUAUUCAUUUUUUUGCCCGAGACGUUUGGUGUUCGCUUUCAGUUUUUGUGUUCUCAAAAGUUACACCGGAAACAGCUUAUUCAUAUUUUUACGAUCAACGAAGGAGUCAUUGCGGUUUUACUUGUUAGACUUGCCGUCAAGUUCCAACCCCUCGAAGAUUGUAUGCCUCCACAAAGGCGCCUCCAUAUUCGACAGCCUUCAGCUACCUUGGGACGCAAGCCUUCGAAGUUUUGUAGCAUCUCUUUUCCGAUUUCGAUGAGGGACGUGCUAACUCUUUCCUCAAGCCGCGACAGAACACAGGACUCAGCGGCGUCCGCCUUGCUUUUGAUAUAAGUCCAGAGAAAAUAGUUCGCAGGUUUAGGUUCAGUGGAGCGCAGAGCCCAUUCUAGGGGCCGCCUUCGGCCGAUCCAUCGAUCAGGAAGUCCCUCACUAACUAGAAAAGUGAUGAGAGGCUCCGUCUUGUUGAAAGAAGACAUUGGCAAGGCCACUUCUCAUCUGAAUUUGUAGAAUGUCAAACUCGUGCAGCAUCUCCAGGUAAUUUUCCUCCUUUAGCGGCGGUUGUGUUACCGGGUGCAUUGCGGAAAAUCAUGGCCCAAUCAGCCCAAUGCUAGAAAUGGCACGCCAAACCACCAGCCUGGUUCAUGCUCUAGAGUUGCUGCUGUGCUGUACUUUCUCAAACUCCACACUUGUGUCGCUUUACCCGAUCAGACAUACUCGUCGCUGAAUCAAGAGCUGAGAGUCCUUUUAGUAACAGUGGAGGAGUGAUUCACACAUUUCACACGAGCACAAUCUUCCGUUUGAGAGGUUUAAGAAGCAUGAAGUCGGUACAGGUAGGGUCUUAUCACUCCGAAGUAUCAGCCGAAUCGAGCUUUCGUUGAUGCUGAGUCUCGGUACAGCCCUCUGGGUGAACUUUCCUUGGCGUUACGCGAACGUCUGUUCCAGAAGUCUGGUGUUUUCAUCAGUAGUAGCAGGCCUUUCACUGCGUGGUUAGUCAAGAGCAGAUCCUGCUUCGAGAAAUUUGCCAUGGAAAGGCGCAGAUUGCGCUACGUGUUUAGGCGGUGUAACGACCAUAAAGCUUUUCAACCGCACACUGGACUGCAGUCGAGGGUUAAAAAGCAUCUCGCCAGGCAGCUGCCAUAGACGAGGGAAUGAUAUGCUUACUAAGACUACAAAGCCUGCGUUGUUAAAUGCUAGUGGCUUAACGUCUCUCCGAAGAAUACCUAAAAAGAAAUAGAAAAGGGGGGGGGUGUAUAGCAACUUGGGACACCCCGUAUAUAUAAGGGAUGUUUUUUCGUAGUCGCUAACUGAGUGCACAUGGAUGCCCUCAGCACCCCUUAUUCUGAAAUGGUUUUAUUUCUAUGUGUAAUUCCCCACAUGAAGUGGCCGUGAUGAGUCGAAAUAACCCAUCGAGCAGCUCAUCAGUACAUAGUCGAUUCAGUUUGCAGACCAGUUUCUCACAAACAGCCGCUAGCGGACAGCAAACUGAACGCCUCCCCCCCCUUGUACAACUUGCCACUCGUCUACUGGGUCCGUGCGUCCCACACAUUUCAGCCAACAAACUAACCAUGGUCACAAAGAUGAGAUUUCUGCCUCGGUGUGGUUGGUAGGCUUUUGCAGGUGAAAUACUUUGCGUCACCAUUUUCACUCUGAGCUGGUGUGUGGGAGGUUACGUCUGCAUCGGAGAUAUUGCUUCGGAGCUGGACCUGCUCCAUCCUUCAGUGGGCUGAACCUCAGACAGUAAGAUACGCCGACUACGAGUGCCCUGACCGUGGGGCAUCGUUGGCACAAACAACAAACGUCUACUUUGUCGAUCAUACAGGCGUUUCGAUUUCACGUCGAAGCUUGCUAUGGCAAAUCUGGUUCGUCAAAGACAUCCGUUCAGACCACGUUAACCUUGCCUAGGUGUGCCUCCAAACCAUCUUCGCACGGUUCUGGGGCGUUUUGAAGCGCACUCAACUCUUACAUGCAUUCUUGGUGUUGUAAUAUCAUCUUGGAAAUAGUGCUUGAUUUCCUAGAACCGAGUUCUUUAUUUCUUCCAAUGGUUCUUACAGUCCUGAUCAUUACGUGGACGUUUUGUCAACAAGUAGCGAUGCCCACAUUUGACAGUAGAUAGAAGGACCCACUACCUGACGCCCUGUCUUAUAACUAACUGAAAAGUUGUCAUCCCGGGUCCCAGGGACCCAUACCCACACGAUUGGGGGGGGGGGGGGUUCUGCCAUGCCGCGCUGUUUUCAUUAUGGCUGAAACCGCAAGGCUCUUUUGAUUUUUUCCGUUAUCUUUCCUAGUUUGGCGGACGUGGCGCGCGCCGACCUAUGGAUGGUCAAGGCUAUCGUGGCCGAUGGGUUGGUGGUGGUAGUGGCGGUCCACCACGUUUCUCCGGUGACACCUUGGACAACGAGCACGACCACCAAGAUCAGAAACAGACGAGGCCCUCUGAUGGUGAAAUGUCCGGUGGCGAUCGUCGCGGCGGCAUGAAUAAGCGUCACCGUGGUUCUGGCAAUGCUGGCGGUCGUCGCGCACCUGCCUCUUCCUACUCAAAGGACGAGGCCGAAGUAAAUGGUGCCGGUUGCGAGGAAGAAGUCAACGGCAACGAGUCGGGAAAGAAUAGCAGCGGGUGAGCUUUGUCGGUUUGCUACUAUGCUCUCCCAUGUCUCAAACCGCCUGGGCGGCAUGUUGAUCUUUGAUGACGUAUCCGUAUCACGUAGGUUACCUCAAAAUGGGAAAGUACACAUGCGCCGUGUGUAUUAGCCUUGCUGUGUGUCUAUACCCCCAUUCCCCACAUCAGUCAAAUGACCGGCUCGGACAGUGACUGAGGCAUGUAAAUGGGAAGGGAGAGUGAGGUCGACGUGUCGGCGCAUUUUCCCCACUAUAAACUAUCUGACGCGCCUGAAGCUAUUACGGUGCGCUAAAAGCCGUAGCUUGGAAGGUUGCCAACUGACGGGAUAACUUGGAUCUCGCAGUCGACCCAGUGUUGUGUCUGCUGGUGUGGAGUGGCCGGCUGGUGGUCUGAGAGUCAGCCUGCAAUGGCUCCUUAUUAGUGUGACCCUUAUGGCGCAUCCACCGCGUGGGAUCCGAGCCGGGUAUGGCGGCACGCCUAGGUGCGGCUUCGGCCGUGUCAGCCCCCACUCUUUCGUCGUUGUUGGUCAAAAACCUGGUUAUCUGUUGUGUGGACCAGGGGUGUGGAGUGGAAAACCAAAGCGCGGGCUCGACUGUGCCAUCCACUUGCGCUCCCUCCGUCGCCAGCCUUCUUGACUCUGUCUUGACACCGGGUCCAGGUGGGCGAGGAGAAGGGAGUGCAGUAGACGCUGCGCAAGUCACUGUCUCUGCUCUCACCUUGCUGUCCUGCAUACGGUGGAGAUCGUCUAACUCAGUGUCUACACCACAAUAAACUCAGAAACAGGGCCGACACUGCAUCUUAGUUUGACGUCUUCAGUUUUUAGCAUUUUCCGCUACGUGUAAUUGGCGCUUUAUUAAUUAGUGGCUUCUGAUGACUGCUUGAUGUUUCAUGUCCAUCUUUCACCCUGAGUUAUUGUCCAAAUCAAGUCGAAAAGGGCGACAAGGCGGUGCAGUCCUCCUGAGCAUGACCUACACCGAACCCAAUAAUGGUUCCCCCUCCGCAUGUCAGUCUCUUGGGGUGAUCGGUAACAUAGUAAAUCAAAAUACUGUUAUCGGCAAGAAAUUAACCUUGGUGGACGUUCGUGCUUCCUGCGUCCGUUUGUUUGCCUUUCAGUAAAAAUCGAGCGAUGACUUCUGUUGUCUAUAAGGGAAAAUCACUUAUUUUGUUUGACAAACAUGGCAUGAUAAAGUACACUUGCAUGAAAAAAACGAGCAUCCGGGCGUCCUCGAACGGAAUGCUAUCCUGCUCAACUUCACUAGGAGUCUCACUUGCUCCUCCGCUGGAACAGGACAGAUCAGAGGGGGUGUUGCUACCGACAACAUGGAUACUAUUCUACUCACUGACCUAAUUAUUCGGGUUCUUCUUGAUCUCCCUUUCAGGCAUACUGUGGAGCAAUCAAAGUCCGAGAAAGCUGAAGCCGCCGUGCCGGUCGCUACUGGAGAAGCUGCGUCUGUUGAAGGUCAGGCCGUGGAGGGUGCUAAGAGCAAUCCCCGUCGCAAAUCACAGAAGAAGUAA